CAUAGGUUGUGGCUGUGAUAUCAGUGUUUUUCAUAUGUGUGUCGAUAUUUUCGUUUUGUUUGAAAACUCACCCCAAUAUGCGAGUGCCGGUCAUUCACAACAAGACAGUGCACACACACCUCAACACCACGACGUGGACUCUCGACAAGUUCAAGACCGACGCUCACGAGGCCUUCUACUACAUCGAGAGCAUAUGCAACGCCUGGUUCUCCUUCGAGAUCGCCAUGAGAUUCGUGGUGAGUCCGAGUAAACUAGACUUUGUGCGCGAUAUGAUAAACGUGAUUGACUUCAUCGCCACGAUGUCCUUCUACUCCGAUAUGAUUUUGCAACGAUUGGCCGCCGAUAUUGAAAACGCAGAUAUAUUAGACUUCUUCAGCAUUAUUCGUAUACUAAGACUCUUUAAGCUGACCCGACAUUCGAGGGGUCUUAAGAUAUUAGUUCACACAUUCAAAGCCAGCGCUAAAGAGCUGUUUCUAUUGGUCUUCUUUCUCAUUCUGGGAAUCGUUAUAUUCGCGAGUCUUGUCUAUUAUGCGGAACGACUUCAGGCCAAUCCUCGCAAUGACUUCAAAAGUAUACCCGAGGGCUUGUGGUGGGCCAUCGUUACCAUGACUACUGUCGGCUACGGUGAUAUGGUGCCCCGAACGUACGCCGGUAUGCUUGUGGGCGCUCUGUGCGCGUUGGCCGGUGUACUCACAAUAGCACUCCCGGUGCCCGUUAUUGUGUCCAACUUUACAAUGUUUUACUCACACACUCAGGCGCGGGAAAAGUUGCCCCGACAGAGGCGGCGGGUCUGCAAUGUGCCCACCGAUGAGAAUAUUGAAAACAAUAAGUCCAACACCGGUCACCCGGCGGGUCAUACGUCGGCCGCCGCCAGGCGUAUGAACGCCGUCAAGAUAUCAUAUGAUGUCUCUCCCAAAUCA